CUGACCGACCUUCACCGCCCGGGCGGGGGGGCGAUAAAAGGGCCCCGCGGCGGCGCGCGGCGCUCCCGCUUCCUGCCCUUGCACCGCAGCGGACACGGUCCGGGCCGAUGGUGGGAGGCAGCCCCCGGCGGAGCCCGGCCGCACGCCAUGCCCUGGAGCGUCCGCUGGGUCGGCGGCUGCGGCGCCCAGUCCCAGAAGCAGUGCAAGAAAUCAUCCUUCGCCUUCUACCAGGCGGUGAGGGACUUGCUGCCCGUCUGGUUCCUGGAGGACAUGCGGACCAUGGAGGUCUUCCACUGGGAAGACGGGGGCAAGGUGAGCGUGUACUCGCCCUCGGAGGCGUUGCUCUACGCGCUGGUGCACGACCACCAGCCCUACGCCCGGCACCUGCUCACUAAGUUCCCCCAGAGUGCCCUGGCCGUGCCCAGCCAAAGCUUCAGCUGCUGCCAGGCAGCCCCGCACCUGGCCAUGGCCGUCCGCUACAACCGCGUCCGGGUGCUCUUCCGAAUCCUCAAGGCCAUCCAAGCCUUGCCCCCGAGUGACAGAGCCGGCCACCUGGACCGCCAGGGCUGCAGCCGCGUGGAGGGCGGCAAGACAGCCUUGCACAUGGCCUGCGAACUGGUGCGGCCCGAGUGCCUGCUCCUGCUGCUGGGGCACGGCGCGUCGCCCUGCCUGCAGGACAGUGCUGGGAACACCCCCCUCGACACCCUGCUGCAGCAGAUCUCCCACGUGCCGGCAGCUAACAUGCGUGCCAAGCUCCUCUGCCUCGACUGCCUCUUCUUCUUCGUGCCUCAGGACCUCAAGUUUGCAAUGAAACAGCAACUGUUGGACAACCGGCAGCAGUGGCAGGACCUCCUGGGGGAGAACAGGUUCCAGUGCCUGGUGGGCUUAGCUCCCCCAUCGCUGUUUGUUGGAGCCAUGCGUGUCUUGAUCAGGACCAUUUCACCUGAGCACUUCCCAGAGGCUCUGGACAAUCUGCCUCUGCCUCAUUUUCUAAAGCCUUUGGACUUGAAACUGGAGAGCUAGAGGGGUGGUAUGAGGGCCUCCCGCUCACCUGACAGAAAUAGACUUGUGCUAAAAAUGUAUCAGUAUACAAAGCUGCUAAUGCAGUGGCCAAGUGUCUGUUUUACUGAGAACAGUAUUUUUUAAAAGCAUUGUAUCUGGCACUUUACAAUAUAUUUUAUUUAAAGAUCCUUGUGGUGAGGUGAGGGCUUAUAAAGACGUUCUAUGGCAUGUACAAAUGAGGGUAUGUGGAAGAACAUAUUUGUAAAUACAUCGAAUAAACCAGUGGCAGAUGUGAUCAAAAUACAAAUCAAGCAGCUGAAAACCCUGGAGUGGCAUGUGCCUUGGAAAAGCAUGUGCAGGGUGGGGGAGUAUCUUUUUGUUAGGAUUUCCCUGUUACAUAAGCCUUGCCGUCCUGGAACAGGAUGACUCCUUUUUUACAGCUCUCCUAAUACAUCUUGGCAGAGAUGCGGGGAUUUUUUAAAGGCACAGAUGAAAACUUCCUUGUCUUGUACACAAGACCAAAGAGAAGCCAGAUACUGUUAAAACUUCCCUAAACAAGGCUGGCAAGGAUGUGCAUCUGAACAAAAUGUAUUUUAAAAUAUGCAUAAAUAACAGUUGGCUUCCUUGUAAAGUUGUCUCUGUUCCCCUUGGAGGGCCAAGGUGUUUGUUGUCAGGCAGACAGAGAUGGAGCACGCACAUUGCUGUGGCCAAAAAUGUACUUGCCUUGGCAGCCCCUCAGUGUGAUUGCUGCAAGGUGAGGAGGGUAGCUCAGAGCAGGAGGGUCAGCCUGCUAUUCCCAGAGGGAUGUAAGGACAUAUGACAGUUAGCCCAGGAUCCUAGAUCAUGGCUUUUUUCAGUGGAGUCUGGCCACUCCAGUGCCACUCCCCAUCAGUGUGUGAUGGCUCAGGUUCAGCUGAGAGCACCAUGGCAGUCUUGGUGUGCACUCUGGUUACCAGAUCAGUAGCUUAGAUAUCCAGCCUUUCCCCAGCUAUCCCUUCUGAGAUACUCCAAGGUACAAACAACAUCCUCACAGCUGCUCCAUAUCAAAAAGCCCUUUCUGAGUAAUGUCCCGCUUCUAGCGCUUCUGUUUUGACCAGGCAAAGGAUACAGCUUUGCUGUGCAACCUUUACUCUCCAGCAUUCCAGGCACUCUGGGUGUAACUGGCACUGCCCCUGCGUGCUCUGCAGGGAGCUGUGCUGGCUCCACCAGCCCUGCAAUGAUAGUGAUCUCCUGGGCCGCAGCGCUGGAGCCUUGGCUCUGUUCUUGGAAGUUAUCGUUGAAACGGUAGGGUUUUGUUUCACUGCUUAAAUUCAUAGCCAGGAAGUUGUUUGCCACUUGAACUAUUUCAGCACUGCUGUUCCCUCUAGGGUCAUCAAGGAAUUGAUGUUUUUAGUAGAGAAGAGCCAUGUUCAAGGCACAUGAACUUAAUUUUGGUUAAGGAACAAAAAAGAAAACCAUAGAAUUAGAUGCUAUAAGCUGUUAGUGUUUCAUCAGAACAGAGUGGUAUUUCAUCUAAAAUAAUCACUCUACUGCAUGCACAGUAAAAGAUAAACCAUACUUCUGAAAUUUGAGAAGAAACAGAAAGAAGAUUGCUAUUCUUAGGCUGAUAGCACUGAAAAUAUUUCCUAGAAGAGAAAGUGUUCCUUUUUCCUAAGAAACCAAGCUGAUACAUGCUCAAACCCAUUACCAUGGGAAAUUAAAAUUCUUUGCUGGAAAAUAUGGAACAAUUCUAACUGCUCUCUUCAGCUACCUUGUUGAUUAUAAAAAUACAGAAAUUCGGAGAAUUAAUCCUAAUCUUCUAAAUCUAGCCACUUAAAAAAAAAAAAAUAUCUAUGUUGCUACAUUCUUUA